AUGCGCCCCCGCGCGCGUCCUGCGCCACUCCAUCCGGGCAUUGGCGCUCCCGCCAUUUCGAUAGGCGCUGUCUCGCGCUCGCGGCCGCCAUUUUACGGAGAUGUCACGCUCGCGGCAGGCCUGGCCCACAGGGAAUGCCGUCCGGCCACGGCUCUACCCGGUCUACGCUGCCCCUCGCCGCUGGCGGGGCGGACUCCACCCCGUGCCCGCCCUGGCACCGCCCCCGCCCAAGGGCGUGCCGCCACCGCCCCGCCCAGCUAG